ACGAGGGUAUACGACAAAUUUUUUGUAGCUCCCGGCUAAAAUGAUUGUACUCCUCUUUCUAUGGGUCAAUGCACUUUCCUAUGCUGUAGUCAGCUGCCAAGAUUCGGUGACUAAACGAAAAGAAAAUUCUCCUUGCAACAUCAACAACUACAACAGCUUCUAUGCUGGCCCCAACAAAAAGCUGGAAAAUAUAAUCCUGGGCAUGAAGAGACAACUGGACGAGAUUCGGGAGGAACUGAAGAAUCUGACAAAGAAGGACGCGGACAGUAGUAAAGACUUGCCUCAUAAAAACUGUGCUGAGCUCUACAAAUCUGGUAAAACAAUCAGCGGUGUUUAUACAAUUGACCCCGAUGGUUCCAGUACCGGUGCCUUUGAUGUAUACUGUGACCAGAAAACAGCCGGUGGAGGGUGGACAGUGUUCCAGAAGAGAGUGGACGGCUCCGUUGAUUUCUACCGCACGUGGGAUGACUACAAAAAUGGCUUUGGUAACCUGAAUGGCGAGUUUUGGCUUGGACUGGACAAGAUACACCGGCUGACAACUAGUGACAGAUAUAAGUUGCGUGUUGAUCUGGAAGAUACAAAAGGAAACACAGCUUAUGCCGAAUAUAGCAUAUUCGCUAUCACGAGCGAGAGGACUAAGUACCAGCUAAGUCUCGGGAGCUAUUCAGGUACUGCUGGUGAUUCUCUCGCUUUGCAACGAGGCUAUCCAUUUUCAACUAGAGACCAGGACAAUGACGGCUGGAGUUCAAAUUGCGCUACUGAAUAUAAAGGAGCCUGGUGGUAUAAGCAUUGCCAUAGUUCCAACCUGAAUGGUCUGUAUCAUCACGGGAAACACUCCUCACACGCUGAUGGUGUCAACUGAUCUAGCUGGAAAGGACAAAAAUAUUCCGUAAAAAGAGCUGAAAUGAAAAUAAAACCCGUAAGCCGUUAGAGGUGUGCGAUACUAGCCUACAGCAGUCUUUUCGUUUUCUGUUAGCCGAUAAGGUGUCACAUGAGCUGAGCGGAAAUGACGCAAAGGCGUGCAGCCUUUGCUGUAUGCCAUUGCCGUAUUUUCUGCUAAGCUGAGAAGUAACGAGAGAGACUACUCAGGCUACAAGAUACCAACUAGUUAUUAAAUGUAAAGCAUCAAAUUUGAUAAAGUGGGGCUUUGAACAACCAACUUGAUUUUAGUGCUCGAAGACUGGUCAUGGACUUCAGUUGAUCUAACGACAAAAUCAGUGUAAAGAUAGAAAGGAACAUAAGGGACACGAAAGAACAAAGCAAAAAGAGAUCUAAUUCUAAGCAAAUUGCAACUGAGGAAAUAAAAUUAUUUUCCAGUCUAUCAAAUCUGUUCUGAAUGUGUCAUAGAGGCACAUACUAACAUCUCAACACGUAACUAUGACUGCACGCCUGACUUCCUCUGCAGUUUAAAACUCAACAUUGACACAAAAAUAGCACCAAUUAUAUUUUGAGUAUUUUAAGGGGAUAUUCAUCCGUAAUAAGCAAAUUAGAGCAGGUGAAAUCGAAACCUCUCCCACACUUCACAGGUAUUUUGAUCAUUUGUUUACAGCUGGAAAAUAUA